CCCUGUUGUACCUUUUUCUGUCCUUGUGCAUAAACAACCAUUGGCAUUUACGCCUCUAAUACCAGGGACGCGUACCUGCAUAGUCCCAACGAGUUUACCGGCUUUGGUUUCCUAUUCUCUUCUUGCAAUUUCUCUCUUUCUGUGCAAAUGGAGCACAACGUGAAGUCCUUACCCGCGUCCUCCUCUACUCCGCUCCCCCGGUACCGAAUCUUGAAAUCCCCGCGCGAUGCUGUCGACAUCUGCUAAAGAGACUGGGACUGAACAACAAGAGAGCGGAGGUUCUGCCGAUGAAGCUGACGAUGCCGGAAGGGAAAUUGUCGUUGCGCAACCUCCGCAAGGCAGGACCCUCCUUCCUACGCCUGCCGCUGCUGUCGUGAGCGGCAUCACCGGCCUUACUUCAUUCUCCGUUCGCGCUGGCACGAAAAUUGGAGGAUGGGGUCUCUAUGCCGGCAGGGAAGCCACGUUGAAGACUCUGUCUGUCAGUAGAAGUGUUUUGGAGACAGUACUGAUCGCCGCUGGGAGAGAUGUCUCGGCUCGAAGCAAUGGGGAAAUUGGCCGGGCUGAAGCAGAGAACCUGCUGGAGAAAAGCAUAUCCGCGUUGUAUACCACGAUAUCGACAAUUUCCUUCGUGGCUUCUACAGGUUUCUACCUUACGGAAGCAUCUAUGAACUCGAUCUCCGCCCUCUCCAUACAAGGACUGGCCACGCUCAAUGCCAUACUUGGCUCGACGGAAUCUUCUCGUGCCGUGGCCGCCAUCAUCACCUUGAUCAUGGACGAACUCAGCAAGCCUGAAAAUGGCAGCACUGGGGAGGUCGUUUCAUACACGGAUCUCAUCGUUGGUACCAUAAGCUUCGUCAUGUUGCAGAGGUGGGGUAGGCGCAAGACAGAACUCGACUUUCGGGAUGCUGGAGGUGAAGAGACAAUCUGGGAUGCAGUCAUUGACGACAAGGGCUUCAGAGCGGACGUUGUGGGUACCAGGAGAAAAGGCAUGAUCAGCAUUCACCCAAAUGCUGGUGCACCGCCUAUGACUUUCUCUUCUCCUGACGGCGACGAUGACUUCGAAGCACUGGAAAGAGGCACCUUAUUCGACACGUCAGCAUUGGCUGCGUCAGCGGAGAGCCAUACCAGUCUGACCGAUGAGGAAAUCCGCGAACGCAUCAUCAGCCAGUUGCCGCCUGGAGCGCGAGCCGUGGUCACUUCUGAGACAAUCACUGCGAAGACCAUCAAAGUGGACAUCUACGAUGCUGAGACUACACAUAUCGACCCGCCGCCCGGCACGGUCAUGGUCGCCGAGAGAUUGAACCACGGGGUUACUGUCCCAGGCGCGCACGGCGUCCCUCAACAGACUGUUAUCUUCCGAACUGCGCUCCAGAGAUCAAGCAGUGCAGACAUUAUUCCAGCAUCCGAGCAAUUUCGUCUGAGGGCUGGCGAGGGUGCACACAUGGACAACAACGAGAGUGACGAUGUCUUCCUCAUGAAGAGUUCCCCCAGGAAACGGAUAUUCACCGUGGAUGAAGCAACUCAUGCUGAAAGUUCUGCCUUGUCAGAUGCAGAUCCUGAUGAAGAUAAACAACCAUCCAGACCACCAACGCCGCCCCCGAAGCCGAAUGGCCCAAUGGCAAACCAGAAGAAGAGUAGGCGUGCUGUCCCGUCUCGAGAGAAGUCUCCAUCUACAUCAAGUGUUGUAACUCGCGUUCCUCUUGUCAAGAACAAAAAGGUCAAGCAAUCGUCCAGUGACAAACCUGAGAAAGAAGGUGUUAUCAAGAAAGCACUGAAAACGCUCAGCCCUAAUCAGUCUUCAGCUGCACUCAAGGAACUCCACAAAAGCUUGCCACAGCGCAAACCCCCGACCUCAGUACCAUCUCAAAUUCCCAGGCAUAGCGGUCCUCCUGCAGUGCGUGGAGACAUCACCCCAAGGAGGCAUCUGGGCACUCCGAGUCGUGGUCCCACUCCUAUGACGAGUCCGAGCUUACAACGGUCGACUCAAUUAGAGUCCUCAUCAAGCUACAUCUCGCUACAUGACCGAAGGAGGGAUUCUACUGUGUCACAAACUACUGAAACCUACUCAAUCCAUUCUGUCGAAAGCAGGCCGGGCUCACCAACGUUUACUCGCAUGCACACCCGAGUAGUAAGCGGCCUAACCCAAACCAAAUCUGAGCUCGCACUUGCCCUCAAUGAGACUGAGUCUACGGCCGGCGACCCAGCCACGGGGUCCCUCCAUCAUCGCCGUACUCGAUCUUUCGUGCCUAGUCUGUACUCAAUGGCAACGAAAGACUCGCAGGAGGCUAUCAUAUUAGCUCCGAAAACACCAAUGCCCAGGAAAUCCAUCUAUGAAGAUCACAACAUAUUGAAUGCAUUGAUCAUGGACGGUAAGGUUCCUGGCAUGUUUCCAGACCGACACCUUGCGAAGACAGUACGGAGAUUCGCCAGAUUUGCUUCAGCUUCUUAUGGCUCGAACUUCCUGCGUAUCAUGGGACUUACCUCGGCCGAAGCUCAGAUCAACAAUGCUACGGAGCUUAUGACUCUCGAUGUCCACCAUGAACACAGCUCCUUUUCCAGCCAUACCGGCCUACCUCCACACACAAUUCUUUUGUCGUCGUUCUAUGACCCGAAAGGCGUAACCGGCAAUACAGACUGGUCGCCUUCAGCGAUAUCGCCAUUGAUCCAUUUCAUCUCUAUCGACGACGAAUCUAAGGCCGUUGUCCUGACCUGUCGUGGGACACUUGGUUUUGAGGAUGUCCUCACAGAUAUGACCUGCGAUUACGACGACUUACUCUGGCAAGGCAAACGUUACAAAGUACACAAGGGCAUCCAUGCAUCAGCAAGACGCUUGCUUGGCGGCAGCGGAAGCCGUGUGAUGGCGACGAUCAGAGCUACCCUCGAGCAGUAUCCAGACUAUGGACUUAUCCUUUGUGGACACUCUCUCGGCGGUGCUGUUGCAGCUUUACUUGCCAUACUUAUUUCGGAACCUACUUUCGAUGGAUCCAAGACAUCAUUUGUCACCGGGAACAAACCGAAACUACUCACAGAGCAAUCUUCCACCGGCCCUUUCACCUCUUACGUACCUCCGAUCAGUCUACCAACAGGUCGUCCGAUCCAUGUUUAUGCCUAUGGUACUCCGGCGUGCAUGUCUGAGCUGCUACGCGUGGCUACGCGUGGUCUUAUCACGACGAUCGUAAACCACUCAGACAUCGUUCCGUGUUUGUCACUUGGAACAUUGCAUGACUUCCGCACAGUCGCGUUGCAUCUGAAAACAGAUACAACAGAUGCGCUUGGGGCACUGAAGACCCGCGUGUGGCAACGCCUACGCAAUGCGGUCACGUCUUCUUUCUACAACGAUCCCAAGGGACCACCUCCCCCAGAAAACAUGGCGGGUGAUGGUCUCGGCGAGGAUACGUGGGCAUGGGCCGCACUGAAGACGCUGCGGGCCUCAAUGGUCAACGACAAGUUGGUGCCUCCGGGAGAGAUUUUUGUGAUUGAAACGACGCGGGUAUUUGACAGGCUGGAUCCUGAUGUUGCACGUGAAGCCGUUUUCGGUCCUGACGACACGAAGGACGAUCGGACGGAGAAACUUUAUCGUGCGCUUGGCCGUCCUGCCACCAGAGUACAACUCAAGCUCGUUCGCGAUGUCGAAACUAGAUUUGGAGAAUUGAGGUUCGGGAGAGAUAUGUUUGGCGAUCAUUCUCCAGGAAGAUAUGAGGCUGCUUUGGCUGCGUUGGAGAAGGGGAUAUGUGAGGAUUGAUCUACGAUUUUGCUACUGCAAAAGUGCAAGUGGAAAAUUUGGAUUUGAGGGUUAAAUGGAAUCUUCUGCAAUGACUGUUAUGAUGAUCAUGAAAAGAAGAGCGAGGCGCACGGGGAUGAUGGCUUGAUUUGGAAAUGGAAUAAAGAAGAAAUACCAUAUAGGUAGCACGAUAAAUCAUAUCUCUUAGUCUGGAUACAGUCUCUAUCUACCUGGAAAAGGUGAAUGCUACAA